AUGACCGACUUACACCCUAGCACACUGGCGAUGAUCACAACGGCUUCAGGGGUAUACGCACACCAGCUCGUCCGCAUAGUCAAAGCGGCGGCUCCCGCGGACGACCCGUUGAUGUACAUGAUAUCCGGCGGCAUCACAAUUGCAGGUGUCGGGUUUCUUUUGCGGUACGACAGGGAUAUCGCGAACACAUCUGGAGCUUCGGUCGACCCUCGCCUGAUGAGAUUCCUGUCCGGCUGGUAUGUCGUGUUGAUCGGCUUCCUCUGCGGCACGUACCUCAUCUUCUACCCUGACUUUUCAACGACCGAUACCCUAUCAUUCCCGGACCUCCUGUCCGUCGCAAACCGCAGAUCCAAUGAAUGGAUUGAGCAGGCGAACCAGAGUAGGACGUUGGAUGAUGCCGUUCAGAACUACCGCAACCGUUACGGUCUCGCCCCGCCUCCGAAUUUUGACAAGUGGUUCGAAUAUGCCGUGGCCAACGAGUCGCCCAUCAUCGAUGACUUUGGACAGAUCAACAACGACCUGCUACCGUUCUGGGGCGUGCCACCAAAGGUACUGAGGGAGAGGACGAAAAACCUCCUGGAACUGCCACGUCUCGGGGCAGGAGGUAUCCAGAUACGCGGAGGCAAGGUAAACAUUGCGCCUGGGACACCUGGAUCGCAUCGGUGGAUGAUGGAGUCAAUGCAGCGCAUGAUUGAGCCGUUUGCGAAGCACCUCCCCAACAUGGACUUUGCAGUCAACCUUUUUGACGAGUGUCGGGUGGCCAUCCCCUUUGAAGAUGCCCAGGGGCUCGAGAGGAACGCGCUGGCAUCGAGAGCAAAGCUUCUGAGCAAGAAGGAUCCAAAGGGUUUUGAAGAGAAGAAGGGCAUCUGGAGCGAUAACCUCAAGAUCCAGAGCCAAAAGGUCAGGUCACCACACUUUGCCGACCACAUCCGCGACGAGAUAUACUACGACUACGUUGCACCAGCUUGCCCUCCGGAUUCGGCUGCCAGGAGCACACGGUGGUGGAGCCGGAAGGAAGCAUGUCGUGACUGUCUCCUCCCUCACGCCACCCGUGUUUACGAGAACGGGCUGGAGGACUUGCCGGUCGUAGCUAAUUGGAGCACUUCGUUGGACCUCUGCCACCAGCCCGACAUGGCGUAUCUGCACGGGUUUCUCCUCUCUCCGUCAGCGGCGGUGUUCACAAAGACGCCAUACCCGGUCUUCAGCCAGAGCAAGACCGCAGGCUUCUCGGAUAUCCUCUUCCCAUCGCCGUGGAACUUUGAAGACAAGACGGCAUACGACGAAGACGAAGACAAAGAGUACGAACACAAGAAAAACGUCAUGUUCUGGCGCGGCUCGGCGACGGACGGGUACGCCGCAAGGGGCUCGUGGCAGAGCUUCCUCCGCACAAGGUUCGUCCAGCUUGCGAACGCCGUGUGGGAGGCGCCUUUGGCCCAGCACGAUGGGCAACGGGCCGUAAGUUCUGGAGCCGCGCCAACGUUGGACGUCGGCUUCGUGGGCGACUGGGGCAAGUGCCAUGAUUAUGACUGCCAAUCUCAAAAGGAGACCUUCUGGGGCCCCGGCCGCGACGAGGCCGUCAAGUAUAAAGUCCCGUUUCAGGAGCACUGGAAGUAUGCGCACCUGAUGGACCUCGACGGCGCGGGCUUCAGCGGGCGCUUCAUCCCCUUCCUGCGCAGCAGAAGCCUGGUUUACCGGGCCGGCAUCUUCCGGACGUGGCUCGAGGAACGGGUGCACACAUGGCGGCACUACGUCCCUGUUGACGUCAGGCUUCACGAGCUGAGGGGUCUGCUGCGGUUCUUCGGGGGCGACUACGAGGGCAAGAUCAGAGCCGAGGAGAUUGCCGAGCAGGGCCGGUUAUGGGCGGAGAAGGCGCUCCGGAAGGAGGACAUGAGGAUUUACCUGUUUCGGUUGCUGUUGGAAUGGGGGCGGCUCGUGGAUGAUGGGAGGGAGGAGCUUGGAUUCGCCGCAUGA